AUGUCGACUCUCGAGGAGCUCGAUGAUCUCGACCGCCGAGACAAGGAGGAGAAGAAGAGAGAUGGCGACGACAAGAAAGAGAAGAAGCCUACUGAUGGCGACGCCGACAUGCAAGAUGCAGAGGAGGAGGAGGAGGACGAUAUCCUUGACGAUGAGAUCCUGGGGCUGAGCACACAAGACAUUCAAACCCGCAAGCGCUUGCUAGAGAACGAUUCUCGCAUCAUGAAGAGCGAGUUCUCGCGGUUAUCACACGAGAAGGCCGCCAUGGGUGAGAAGAUCAAAGAGAACCAGGACAAGAUUGCCAACAACAGACAACUCCCGUACCUCGUCGGCAACGUCGUUGAGCUGCUUGACCUGGACCCUACGGCCGAAUCAUCAGAAGAGGGUGCCAACAUUGACCUGGAUGCCACUCGAGUUGGAAAAUCAGCUGUCAUCAAGACGUCCACACGACAAACAAUCUUUCUCCCUUUGAUUGGCCUGGUCGAUGCCGAUAACUUGAAGCCUGGCGACCUCAUUGGUGUGAACAAGGAUUCGUAUCUUAUUCUCGAUACGCUCCCGGCCGAGUACGACAGCCGCGUCAAGGCUAUGGAGGUGGAUGAGAAACCCACAGAACAGUACACUGAUGUUGGUGGACUGGAUAAGCAGAUUGAAGAGUUGGUGGAAGCAAUCGUGUGGCCCAUGAAGGAGGCUGAGCGCUUCAAGAAGAUUGGCAUCAAGGCCCCAAAAGGUGCACUGAUGUAUGGCCCCCCGGGUACAGGCAAGACUUUACUAGCACGAGCCUGUGCAGCACAGACGGACGCUACAUUCUUGAAGCUGGCAGGUCCUCAACUGGUCCAGAUGUUCAUAGGCGAUGGCGCCAAGCUCGUACGGGACUGUUUUGCGCUGGCUAAAGAAAAGGCUCCUGCGAUUAUUUUCAUCGACGAGUUGGAUGCGGUUGGUACCAAGCGCUUCGACAGUGAGAAGAGCGGCGACCGUGAAGUACAGCGAACCAUGUUGGAGCUACUGAACCAGCUCGAUGGUUUCGCCUCUGACGACCGAAUCAAGGUGUUGGCUGCAACAAACCGAGUCGAUGUUCUUGAUCCUGCGCUUCUACGAUCUGGCCGCCUCGAUCGCAAGAUUGAAUUCCCCCUGCCAAAUGAGGAGGCCCGCGCUCAGAUCUUGAAGAUCCAUUCCCGCAAGAUGAAGGUUGACCCCGGUGUCAAUUGGGGUGAGUUGGCCCGAAGCACGGAUGAGUUUGGAGGUGCCAUGUUGAAGGCUGUUUGUGUGGAGGCUGGUAUGAUUGCUUUGCGAUCAGGCAAGAACAAGAUUGGCCACGAGCAUUACGUUGACGCCAUUGCUGAGGUGCAGGCCAAGAAAAAGGACACCGUCAACUUCUACGCUUAA